CAUUUCGCAUGCUCAGAACACGCCAGGCUGCGGCGUAUCGCACAUUGAGGGACGCAAACAGAGGGAAAAAAGGCUAUAGGAGAUUUUCAAAAGAGACAAAAUACAGGAACAACGAAAGAAGAAGAAGAAGAAGAAGGGCAAACUGAGUGAGCUGCUCGAUUAUUCCACGGUUCGCCAAGUUAGCAGGAAUUCUGCUCGACGUUCUUUCGAAAAUUCGUUAAAAUCCUUUUAAAAUCAUAUUAAACGGGAGAGGGAGAGAGAGAGAGAGAGAGAUAGAGAAAGAGAGAGAGAGACAGAAAAAUAAACUGUUGGGGAAGAAAGAAAGUGGCUACGUUGGUGGUGUAUAGCGCGUGUGUCAGAUCUGUUUUUUUCGUUUGAAAAGAAAAGAAUCGUAAAAUAGGGUGGAAAGAUUGAACCCCCGCCGCUCCAACCCCCCCUUCCUUCCUUUUGUUAUUAGAAAAGUGCUCGUUUCUUUUAAUAAUUGAUACUUCCUUUGAAUUUUUGUUGAUCGGUCGAAGACUGAGAAGAACAAAGAAUACAAGAAAGUUUAUUCGAAGAAACGUGUUUGGUUCGUCGUUCUGGACGUAAGUCCUUUGUGGGCGAGAUGCUACUAUGGAUCUGGAAAGUGCGAGAAAAGUGAGAUAAUAAAGAGAGAAACGAAGCAAAUAGAGAUUAAGAUUAGAGCGAAGGAGACGAUAAAGGGGGAAGAAAAGAAGAAACAAACAAACAAACAAACAAACAUACGUAUAACAACGGGGAAGAAGGUAUAUCGUGAAAGUACGUAAUCAAAUUUUUGCCAGGUAGAGUGAUAUGUUAACCGAAGACAAUGACCCGACAAAACCAGCAGGCGUUUUAGACAAUGCUGGCAGUGUGUCUUCCUCGACAGAGGCCUCGGUACAGCACCCCCGCAAUGCAAACAAUGAAACCGAAGUUAAAAACGAAGUUCAGGAUUGUCCAGAGAACGAAAGCGUGCCGGGUAGCGAAUUAUACAUCGACGAGAAUGCCGAGGAAAAGGAGCAGGAAUAUCCGGAUUCCAUGGAGAAGGCUGACUACGGUACUCUCUAUGGCGCAAAUCAAUACUAUAACAGCAUAUACAAUUCGCCUACUUAUGGAUCGACGACGGCCACCAAGAACACGUCGAGCUUGCAAAGCUCUUAUCUGACUUCUUACACAACGCCUAGCACGAUGACGCAAUAUUCGUCGUAUGCCGGUUACAAUAGCGGCACCACGACGUUUCCUAACGUAGGACAAAAUAUAUCCUCGGCUUCUCAGAAGCUGGACUACACCGCUUAUGGUAGCAGUUUGUACGGAAACGACAGGGUAUCUCUCCAAUAUUCCGGAUAUUAUUCGAUGCCUGGUUAUCACACGAGUCAUGCGUCUUUCAACAUAGGAAAUCUUAAUUUUGCUGAUUCGACGAAGACAGCACUGGCGUUGGACACGAGCGCUCACGAUGCGAGUGACCCGACCGCACGAGACCCGACCACAAACGUCGAAGGAACAACAGCGAAGCCCUGCAGACGCGGCAGGCGACAGAGCGGAAGCGGAAACAGUAUCGGUUCCGCGGACACGACGGAAGCCGGCCCCGAUCGUAUAUUCAUUUGGGAUCUCGACGAAACCAUAGUCGUGUUUCAUUCGCUUCUCACUGGUCAAUUUGCUACGAAGCACCGAAAAGAUCCUACCCUGCUAGCCCAGGUAGCCUACAGGAUGGAGGAAAUGAUAUUUAAUUUGGCCGACACGCACUUUUUCUUCAACGACGUUGAGGAUUGCGAUCAAGUACACAUAGACGACGUAUCGUCCGACGACAACGGACAAGACCUAUCCUCGUAUAAUUUCGCAACGGACGGCUUUCAAUGUGCUUCAGCGAACAACGGCAUAUGCCUGGCCUCCGGGGUACGCGGGGGAGUCGAUUGGAUGAGAAAGCUCGCCUUCCGUUAUCGCAAGAUAAAGGAGAUCUAUUGUAAUUAUCGCAACAACGUUGGCGGCCUUCUCGGAACGGCGAAACGCGAACAAUGGGUCCAGCUGCGCUCAGAGAUCGAACUUCUCACCGAUAAUUGGCUCACGUCGGCCGUCAAGUGUCUUAGUUUGAUCAACAAGAGAAGCCAUUGCAUCAACAUUCUCGUAACCACCACCCAACUCGUUCCCGCCCUCUCUAAGGUCCUCCUAUUCGGUAUCGGAGGAAUAUUUCCUAUCGAGAAUAUUUAUUCCGCAUCUAAAAUAGGGAAAGAGAGUUGUUUCGGAAGAGUGGUGGCUCGUUUCGGUCGCAGAUGCACCUACGUCGUCAUAGGGGAUGAUUCCGACGAGGAGACGGCAGCGAGAGCGCACAAUUUUCCUUUUUGGCGAAUAAACAGUCAUUCGGACACUCAGGCACUUUACAAUGCUUUGGAAAUGGGAUUCCUUUAACGUGUUUCCCUGAUCUAUGAGCAAUGGCAAAUUAGAUAGAAGACAAAACGAGAGGGGAACUUCCUUCGAAGACGAGUCUUUACGAAAUUAACGAUAAGGACGAAACGAACAAAUGGGUCCAUGGUCCAAAAGUGAUAUAAUAAACAAGUGAAAGUAUAACGAGCAGAGAUAAUUGAAAAGGUAACACGCUACAUACAUAGGCAGGGAGUAUUUUUUAAGUAUCCGUGAUACAUUUCCAUUUUAAAUUAUCAAUUAUUUCAUCAUCAUAAACAUAUGUGUCAUAUUCAAUGGAAUUUAAAUGAAAUAAUUCUUAUGUUUUAUUUACGAGAUACGAUGGAAAAAUGUAUACGUACGAUGAUUAACAUCCUGUAAAACAGAUAGUCGAUCGAUCAAGAUCUUUGAACGUUUUGUUUUUUUCUUCCCUAUUAAUUAAUUAAGCGAUAAGCAAUUAUCUUUUCUGUGUACUUAAAAACGUACGAUAUACGUAUAUAGUAUAUCAGUUUCUUUCUUUCCUCUUCUAUUUUCCUUUAUUUUCUUUCGUCUUGCUACCUAAUUUGUCGACACUAAACAAAUCUAUCAGCUUAUUUGUUUCUUCUUUAUUUUUUCAUUUACAAUCGCUAAUAACGAGUUAAUGAUCUCUCGAAUUUACAUUAUAGUAUUAAAAGAAUAUAUCAUUUUCCUAUAUUAUACAUAUAUUAUACUAGCUUGAUAACCGACGUGCGUUGCAACGAAGUAAUAAAUACGUGAAUUUUAUUUUUUGUAUAGAAAAUAGUUUUUGACAAUGUGAUCGACGUGAAAAAGCAAGAAAUUAGAAAAUGAUUGAAGAUGAAUAAUUAUUAAAAAAAAAAAAAACAACAAAUUAA